GUCUGCGGUGGAUUGGGUUGGACCUGAUUCCGAUUGAUUGUGGUGUGCACUCACAAGCAACGGGUUUCCUGGUUGGAUCGGGACAUGCUCGAUCUACCACUGUGCCGAUCGUCUCGUAGUAGUAGCAAGUUGGCGGCAUAGUGUGUCAGGACUGUGCCUGGGUAAGACAGUGACAGUGAGAGGACUUCGUUUUUUUUUAAUCGAGUGGAAGGCCGUCGCAAUUAGCAGUUCGAUUGCCGCCAUGUGUUCUCUCCCCGAGGUAAACCACUCGACCAGCUCUAACACAUCGAUCACACUACAACAUGGUGAUACAUACAUAUACGAGCAGACAAGACGCUUCCAGGAUACGACGCGAACGGGAGGGAAAUUGAUCAACGGGCAGCAUCGUCUGACCUGCCAAACCGUCCCCUUGGGGCUCACAUUUUCCUCGGCCAUCCCAUCCCUUCGCUUCCAAGCACCAAUCUUGUUCGAGCGCCUGCCAAAUCCAAGAAGGCCAUAGCCGAGACAGGGCAGGAACAAGGGAGAAGAUUGGAACAGGGGGAGAGCAGCAGCUCGCGAGACAGACGCCAAUGGCGCCGGCUUCUUCGUCUUCGUCUUCCAUGCGCCUGCUGCUGCUCUGCCUGCUCGGCUUCUGCGUCGCGGUGAGCCACCAGCAGUCGACGGACCCGUGCGGCCCGGCGCGCGUCGCGGUGGCCAGUCUCGUGCCGUUCGACUCCACGUCCUUCCGCUGCACCGCCGUCUGGAAGCAGGAGGACUUCGUCCUCAGGUACAAGAACACGGGGCCGAGCGUAUGGAGCUUCAUCCUCUCGGCGCCGGACAAGGGCUCGUACGUGGCAGUCGGCUUCUCGGGCAAGGGGGCGAUGGUGGGGAGCAGCGCCGUCGUCGGCUGGGCGUCCAACGGCAGGGGCACCGUGAAGCAGUACUACCUCGGCGGCAAGAGCCCCGACGAGUGCACCGCGAACAAGGGCCUCCUCAAGCUGGUCAAGAACAAGGCCGUCGUCGUGUCGCACUCCGGCCGGCUCUACCUCGCCUUCCAGCUUAGCACCGACUACCCGCAGCCGCAUCUGAUCUACGCCGUCGGGCCGGACGGGAACCUGCCGUCCAGAAACUCCCUGCAGUUGCCGGUGCACCGGAACAUGGCCUCCCGCUCCUUCAACUACACCGCCGGGAUGGCUUCCAACGCCGGCGGUUCCGGCGACGGGACGUUUCCGAUGGAGAGGAAGCACGGGCUGCUGGGAAUGAUGGGGUGGGGCGUGCUGAUGCCCAUCGGCAUGAUGACCGCGCGCUACUUCCGGCAGCUGGACCCGUGUUGGUUCUACAGCCACAUGGCCAUCCAGGUGGCCGGUUUCGCCGUCGGCAUCACGGCCAUCGUCCUCGGCUUCGGGCUCAACGAGGACGGGCUCAAGAACGUCAACGUGCACAAGGCGCUCGGCAUCGCCAUCUUGGCCAUGUCAUCUCUUCAGGUGAUGGCGAUCCUGGCGCGGCCGGACAAGACGUCCAAGGUGCGGCGGUUCUGGAACUGGUACCACCACAACAUCGGGCGCGCGGCGAUCCUGCUGGCCAUCGGCAACGUCUUCCUGGGGCUGUCCAUCGCGCAGGAGGUCAGCGCCUACGUCGUCUCCUACGGCGUGUUCGUCGCCGUGUGGGUGGUCGCCGUCGCCGCCUUCGAGAUCAAGAGGUUCUGCGCGGACGACGACUGAUCGAUCGACGAUCGUUCCUCAUACAGUACAGCACGGAACCCUGGGCAGCGAUACGUAGGCUAUUUCUGAACAACAACUGGCCAUACAUAGGGGGAAUCGACGGACAUGAUUAAACGUUCACGACCAAGUGACGUGACACACACCAUUCUUGUUUCUUAGUCCACAAUUGGACGGUGCAUUCCAGAGGAGUGUUUGGUUGGUUAAUUUGUUUUUGGGUAUGGGAUGUGAAGCAGGGGCCGGACUGCUGUUUCUAGCCUAGCUGGACGCUCUGAUUCAUAUUUGUAUAUUCGUACAUGAUUGUGCUGUACCCUAUUUGAUCAUAGUUUUUUGUUCACGUUUUUU